AUGCAGCCCAGGACAGCAAUCAAACUGACCCCGACGAGGUGUUCCCGAACUCCCCGAACCGAUAGAAAAAAGAAGAAAAAGAAACCUCACCUACGAGCUCUCCCCAACCUCCCGAUUCUAACGCGCCGUCGGCCCCCUCCGCCCUCCCUACCCCCAACCGCACGCGGCGCCCCCACCCUGCUCCCAAUCGCCGCCGCCGUCCCUAACCACCGGCGACGCCCCGGAUGCGCCGCCACCACGCGCCGGCCAGCUCCACGCCAGACCGCGCCGCGCGCCCUCCGCCCCAACCACCUCUGUCGCCUCCACACCCCCGCCACACUGUUCCCGAGCACCGCCCCCUGCCGCCAGGCCCCUGCUCCCGAGCGCCACCGCCCGCCGACGGGACACUACUCUGGAGCGUCGCCCAGGGCCCGCGCCCCCAUCCCCUACUCUCACCAGCCCCCCGAGCUUUGCCGCCCAGGCAACAACGCUGCCCCAGAGCGAUGCCCAGGGCCCCGCACCGCUGACAGCCGUCGCCCCUGGAUCUCCUCUGCCACGACGCGCCAGUACACCCCCCGCCUCCUCUCCCAACCUUCGCCGGGGCCGCUUCCUCUACCAAUCGCCGCCGUGGUCCCUGUCUACCUCAACCUCAGCUUCUCCUCAGGCUCCCGUGCUUCCAUCCCCACCCCGAAAGGUUUCACCUCCGAUCAGUGCUCCAUGCUCCCCACCGGCGCACCCCGUCGCCGUCCAUCGAGCCACCUGGCCACCACUUGCAGAAGGAGGAGUCCUCGGCCUGCAGCUAGAGGAGGUCUCGACCUGCAUCUACAGAUGGAUGGCAGCGGGAGGUUACUCCUUCAGGCUGUAUUCGACAGAGGACGUCAAUGAAUGAAUGGUUUCUGAAGAUUUCCAACUUGAAGGGCUCACCUUUUAUACACAUGAAUGCACGGUGCAUAUGCCACGCUUUAUUAUGCUGUGGAUACUUGUCUUACCCAACCUCUGGAUAACAUGCAGCGGCAGUAUUCAGAAAUAUAUUUGAUAACCAAUGGAAUAUUUCUGCUCUCUAAUGGCUCGUUGUUUGGCUUUGGUUUUGUCAACAGUGGUGUAUCGGAGAGCCCAUCCUACCUUCUUGCAGUGGUCUACCUGGUCACCACAAUCGGCUUUGGUUUUGUCAACAGUGGUGUAUCAGAGAGCCCAUCCUGAUGAUGCUGCCAGGCAGAGGCUCCCUCACCACCGCGCAGACUCCUACCGGUGCAGCUUCACUGCCGCACCAUGGCGUUCAUCGACGCCUCCUCCGGCCGUUCAAGUACGCGGCCCGUGGAGGUUCACAACUACAGGGCCCCCGAAAUCCCACUCCUGCCAUGCUCAGAUGAGGAAGGUUUCGGCCUCGUACUUCUGAUUUCAUACACUCUGUCAUUUUUCACCCAUUUUAUUUCAACAAAGAUGGUUGUUUUAUGCUUGCCCUGCAAUGCUACUACAAAUCUGCAGGCCAAAAAACUAACUUCACCAAAAACAAGAAAAAAGAUGAGCACAGACGCCCGUCGAUGUCCGCUGUGUUAUCCUACUGAUGAAGUAAUUCAAGGAGCAGGUGGUUUCGUUCGCCUGAAGCACCAACAUAAAAAAAUCAAUUUUGGUUCUCUGUAGUUAUUUCCCCAAGCUCAAGGGAGCACCAACCAUCCAAAAAAUGUGUUCUUGUACCUUUUCUCAUUCAGAGUGUGGUGAGGAAUGAGAGAUACAACAUGUCUUUUUUAUACAAAAGUAUGCCUUUUUCUUCUUCGAUUGUUUAUGUAUUUGGCUCACGAAAAAAUUGACUUGACAUCCGUGGAGAGAAUUCGAGAAGUUUCUUCUA